GGAUCGAACUGUUGAAUGAGGUGAUGGGGUUUUCUUAAAACAGGGAAAGGCGAGUAAAGACAGCCCGCAAAAAUGCCAGGGCCUAUAGCAGAUGGCGAGGGGAAGGUCCUGACGCUCGAGGACCUCAUUGAGGCAGUGGAUAAGCGGGAAAGGACGUCGAGUAAUGUCCCCAAAAUCAAUACUUUCCACUUCAAUGGGGAACGAGUUUCUGAUUGGCUGGACCUGGUGGCGCAAGCCUUGAUGGGGUUACCGGACGAGGUGAAAUUUCAACGCAUCCUGAAGUAUGUGCUUCAUAUCCACCAUCAAGAGGUGAAAAAAGUUAUAAGGGCGGCCAACGGGAGCUGGGCCAGAUUCAAGGAUGGAAUGAAGAGAAAGUAUAGGCUGGGCGAUGGACUGUUAACCACGACGGAUUUAGAGGCCAUGAACAAAGACAACUUCACCACGGUGGGGGCGUUCGUGCAAAAAUUUAAGAAAAAGGCGAGAAAAGUUUAUGGCAUCUCAGAGGAAGCCCAAUGCGCUAUUUUUUUGGAGCUGCUCACCGCUGCGGAAGCUGCAGAACUGACAAGCUAUGGAGGAGGAAGCGAGAAACUCACAUGGGCCACUAUUGACAAAGGCGUGGCAGAAGGAAGUCUGGACGAGGUGGAACAAUACCAGAUGCGCCUUCAAAGACGUAAGAAAAAGGAAAGGGAUGCCACAGCGUCUGAGACCCUACGAGUAAGACGGAUUGUCACUGACGUACUGGCAGAACUGGGUUAUGAAAAAGAUGUGGUAAUAUACAAAAAGGUAGUGACGGCGGUCCAAGGAAGAGGAAAGGAUCAAGUGGUGGAGGAAGCCGUUCGUGAGGAGUGGGAAGAAGAAGAGCCUGUGCCUCAACACCUCUCGAAGGCGCUACGCAAGCAACGCAACUUAGCCCAGGGGGGGCAAGGUUCAGGAAAAGGGAAGAUGCCCCAAACAGUGGUAGUCACACCGCCAAGCGUGUCGGCCCCGUCAAGUAGUGCGGGACCCUCGCAAGUGGCCAUGGCCUAUGUACAAUACUUUUAUACCAUCGGGAAGUCCGGCUCCGCCCGGGCAGAUGUUACCAUACAACGGAUUCCCGGGAAUGAGAAUAGGGCGGACGGACUGAGCCGUAUCAACUGGGACAAGCAAGAGGGGGAGGCAGUAGAGAACAUGCCUGCAGUUGAUGGAUUCCUGGAUCAGGAAGAGGACAUCCGUCUUCACAUCAAUGAAUGGUCCCCACGAGUGCCUAGCUGCGUUGGUCAUCCUAUCUGGCAUGCGCCAAAUGGGUAUGAACAGAAGGCGGAGCUGGUGCUCAAGCCUUUCGAAGAGGAAGAUCCAUGGGGCAGCAAAGAUGUCCAAUGGAUGAUGAAAUUGGCACUGGCAGGCACGCAUAGUCUGAUGGAGGAGGUGAGAAUAAUAGAGGAAGGACUAGAUCAGGUAGAGAAACACGAGGAAUUGAUGAGAGGGAUGUAUCUCCUCGUCAAUACGCUUCUGCAAGGAAACUUUGAUCAGAUAGGCUCGUUGAAUCCGACUGAGAAUGAGGACGUGGUGCCAGAGAGCCAAGAUGACGAGUUUGAGGAAGGGGAGAUCAAAGAGGUAUUCCAUGCAGAGGAAUAUAAUGGAAUUUACAGAACUGAGACUUCUCCUAUCGUGCGAAAUGCGGGAUAGGGAUGCAAGCGAAAACGCCCAAAAGAUGAG